CCUAAUAAUAACAUAGCAGAUAUAUAAUCGGUGUAAACAAAAUUUCCUUUGCAGUCUCUCGAGACGUCUAAGUCCGAUCGUAACUCACUAAGUGCUCAACUUAAUAAACCUCUUUGGUGAAAAAGUUGCAGUGAUACCCCUGAAAGGUUUUCCAUCUUUACAGCAAUAUGCCACCUCAAGGCCAGCAGCAGGGGUCGUGGGUUCUUUAUGAAUCGGAUCUGAACAAAGACGCUACGCCGCCACCCCUAGUGCCGCCCUCCGCUGAGAAACGAAAAUGGAAAAUAGUUUGGAGAAACGUCAUCCUCUUUAUAUUGCUCCAUUUGGGAGGAGUUUACGGAGCUUAUCUGUUCCUAACACAAGCGAUGUGGACUACGCGAAUAUUCACAUUCAAGCUUUACCUGGCGUCCGGUCUUGGUAUCACAGCUGGCGCACAUCGACUUUGGGCGCACAAAUCGUACAAAGCUAAGCUCCCACUACGCGUGCUGCUCACCCUGUUUAACACUCUCGCAUUUCAGGACUCAGUACUCGACUGGGCUCGGGACCAUCGAAUGCACCACAAGUACUCCGAGACAGAUGCAGACCCGCACAACGCAACACGAGGCUUCUUCUUCUCCCACGUCGGCUGGCUGCUUGUUAGAAAACAUCCCGAGAUUAAAGCUAAGGGACACACCAUCGAUAUGAACGACCUAUGGGCUGAUCCAGUACUGAGAUUCCAGAAGAAGUACUAUCUGAUUCUCAUGCCGUUAGUCUGCUUCAUCCUGCCAACAUACAUACCAACCUUAUGGGGAGAGUCUUUAUGGAAUGCCUACUUUGUAAGCGCCAUCUUUCGAUACGUGUAUGUUUUAAACGUCACGUGGCUGGUCAAUUCUGCCGCGCACAAAUGGGGCAGCAAGCCUUAUGACAAGCACAUCAAUCCCGUCGAGACCAAGUCAGUGUCACUGGUGGUACUUGGUGAAGGUUUCCACAAUUACCACCAUACGUUCCCAUGGGAUUACAAGACCGCAGAACUGGGCAACUAUUCCUUGAACUUCUCAAAGCUGUUCAUCGACACCAUGGCUAAAAUCGGCUGGGCUUACGAUCUUAAGACAGUAUCAGCUGAUGUCAUUGAGAAGAGAGUGAAAAGAACCGGCGACGGUACACACCAAGAAUGGGGCUACGAAGAAUUGCAUGAACACACCCAAUAGAAAUUUGUCAAAAUUUGUUGUAAAAUUAAAGGCCGAAUCGAGAUAGGGUUUAUACCCUAGAUAUAUCCUGCAAGAUAAUAUUUGUAGAGGUUUAGCCCCAGACUGUGACGGAUAAUGUGAUAUUGAAGUUAUUUGAAGAUUUGAUUGUAAUUUAUUAACUAUUUAUACCUAUGGCGAAUUAGAUGAAUUAUAAAUAGAUUUUUAGAAAUACAUUAGGAAUAUGUAUUUUUAGUGAAAACACUUUAAUUUCUCUCUGUUUACGCAUUUCACAAUCAUUACAUUAAGGAAAUUACGAGUUCGGCAAUCAUACGAGUAUCUAAUCAUAAGAAUCUAUUCAGACAUAUCAGGGUCAAGGCUAUCUGGCCUCAGGGCCACUGAAAUGUACCUUUUCCAUGCUAGUCUAUUCCAUUUUUGGCCGAUUCAAAAAAGGAGAGAGUUUUUUAAUUUUUCUUCAAGUUAGCCCUUGAUUGCAAUCACCUGCUAAUAAGUAAGUAGUAUAAUGCAGUCUAAGAUGGGAAUGGGCUUACCUGUUACCGUGUCAUAUUUUGUUGGAAAUUGAUUGAAAAAUUCUCAUCUAAAUCGAUGCAGGUUUUCUGAAAAAUAACCAUGACACACAAAUAAGCAGACAGCUAAAAUUUUUUGUAAAAACUUGAGUGGAUUAAAUAUUUUUUUAAAUA